CUACGGUUUUUGAGUUGCUGUAAUCGGGGUGAAUGAAGAAGUUGAUUACUUUUAUUGAUGACAUGUUCGAUUGAAACACACUAUAUAUUGUUUGGUAUACGUCUUGAAGGUUGGAAAACUACAAUUUUUCAGGAUGGAGAUUGCCGUCGAUCAAUUCUUAUCUCUCUGUCCCGUUACUCGGGAGAAUGCUGACCAAAGUCUAAGGAUGUUUAGAUUUUAGAGUUCACCAUCGAUACUAAUCCCACCACUUUCCUAAUUUGUGCAUCUUCCUGUGUGCUUGAAGUCUCUAGAUUGUGUUACAUUUAGGCAGAUCUCGUUUGAUUUUAUUCGACCCACCAGGUGUCUUGCACAAUGUCAGCUAGAUCCCACAGGGGUGCUCUGGUUAAUAAGUGUUUUAUAAUAUCUAUUUCAUUAUAUAGUCUACCCUUUUUUCCCAUUAUAUAAGAUAUAGUCUCCUUGCAUACCCUUUAUGUAAAUACAUAAAUUUUUUAGGGUUUUGAGUUAGAAAAUGCAAAGCUUUUAAGCCAUUACUAAAAUGCACACGUAUGUACAACAAAUAAUCAGUCUUUAAAAGCAUUCUUGAGUAAAGAAAUUACAAAUCAUAUGUGAUUAUACUAUAUUAUACUUUUGGCUUCAUAACAGAAUUAUAGAUCUUUUUAAGACGAGGGAAAUGAGUGGGCUUGCAUAAAAGUUAAUUUUUCUCGUAAUAGCUUUGUAAAAACUUGUUUCUACUUUUCCAGUCCUUUCUUGAGUUUUUUGUUUAUUAAUCCUGGGUUCCAGAGAGGUGGGGUUGAAGGAGUGGGACUCAUUAGCAUGUAAACUCUGAAGAGAAUAAGGGCCAGUUUGGCUUGGUGUCUACUCUUGCUUUUGCUUUCGCUUCUCGUAGAAGAGCUUAUUGAAAAAGCUACUUCAGGUCAGCUUCUAAAAAAUUAUUCAUAUAUGUUUAAAAGUAGCUUCUUAGUCUCAGUAGCACCUUUUGACUUUUCAAAAGCUUUGCCAAGUGUACCUUUAUUCUCUCUAAAACUUCUUGUUGCCGUAAUUAGUUGAACUGUGAAAAAUGACUUUAGCCACAACGCAUCGUCUAUGAUGUCUCUAGUGAUUCAUUCCUUCUUUCUUGAACAAGUGAUUGUCAACAAAGUUGAUAAAGAAACGUGCAAUUAUAUGAUCCAAAACAACAAAACUGCCGUAGAUGAUCUCUAUCUUAUGUGAACGGACAUGCGAAUGCUUUUAACUCCUUGGUCUUCUUUGUCCUUAGAAUAUAAUUUUCAUUCAGAUUUGGAAUCAAUAUAUCGAUCAUUGUUGUCUAUCAAUAUAUUUUUCUGUCAGGAUUGCUACUGUGGGAAAUAAGAAAUUAAGAAUGCAAUCACUUGAUCAAUGAUAUUCUUUUACAGAGCUUGUUAUCUCUAUUUUCAUUGGACAAACUUGCCCUGGUAAAUUAAUGUAAUUAUAUCUUAUAUUUUUAGAAAAUUCUGAUGCUCUGAUCUACUUUUUGGAUCCAAUCCUAGGACCUUCGAAGUGAUUCCUAGGAAAAAUUCCGAUUAUUGCAGAUUAACUUUCUGCAUUGCUAGUCACCAACUAUUAUGAACUCAUCGCUAAAUUUUAUGGUUCAACCGUUAAUUGUAAAAAGAAAAGAAUGAUGGUUUUUUUUUUUUUUUUUAAUUUUAUUUUAUGUGUAUACUUCUUUGCAGUGACGAUCUAACUCAUUGUGCAGAUAUGUUGCACGUUUUCUCCAAUCUGUCUCGAAAUCUCAAUUUCAUUGAGCACACACAGAUUUAUGGGUGGAAACUGAACCAGAGAGCAAAGCCUAUCAUAGUUGAUCCUGGUCUUUACUUGUCUAAAAAAUCUGAUAUUGCAUGGACUACUCAACGUCGCUCACUACCGACAUCUUUUAAGUUGUUUACUGGCUCGGCAUGGGUGAUUCUAACUCGCUCUUUCGUGGAAUACUGCAUAUGGGGGUGGGAUAACUUCCCCCGGACAAUCCUCAUGUACUAUACAAAUUUCAUCUCGUCCCCAGAAGGAUAUUUUCACACGGUAAUUUGCAAUACUGAAGAGUUCUGUAACACUGCUAUAGGUCACGAUCUCCACUACAUUGCUUGGGACAGUCCUCCUAAACAGCACCCACGUUCUUUAACGAUCAAGGAUUUCAAUAAAAUGGUAAACAGCAGUGCCUCCUUUGCUCGGAAAUUUCACAAGGAUGAUCCAGUUUUAGACAAGAUCGACAAAGAGUUGCUUGGUCGAACAAAUCGUUUUGCACCAGGAGCAUGGUGUGUUGGAAGCUCGGAAAAUGGGGCCGAUCCUUGCUUCUUGCGAGGUAACAAUUCAGUGUUUAAGCCUGGUCCUGGUGCUGAGAGGUUGCAACAGCUAAUUGGGAAUCUGCUCUCUGAAGAUUUUCGUAGUAAGCAGUGCCAUACACAAUGAGGAUGAAAAAUGAACCUUACUAUCAAAAUGAUUAUAAACUUCCGGCUCAACACGGCUUGAAGGUAAUGGCUUUUUGAGAAGCUGUUUGCAAUUUUUUUUCCAGCAAGUAGUGCUCUCACAGGUUUAAGUUUGGAUAGUUCAACUGUAAAUACUUUAUUAAUAGAAUUAAGCAUUAAUGCCCAAAAUUUCAGAUUGAUCA